CAUUCUGAUUCCCUUACCCUUCGCUUCUCCUUUCACCAAAACGUUUUUUACUCUCCACCCCAUUUCCACACUUUCCUACAAACAAACACACACUUUUUUUUCUUUCUUUCUGCAAAAAAUAAAAAAUAAAAAAAAUGAAAUUCAUUAUUUUCAAUCUUAACCCAUAAGUGUGUUCUUCCAACUGUUUGAUUAUAUUCCCCAACCAAGUUCAUCAUGUCUAGUUUUGUGGGUGUCAUUGUUUCUGAUCAAGAACUUCAGAGCCAGUUCACCCAAGUCGAAUUAAGAACACUCAAAUCAAAAUAUGUAUCUGCAAGGACUCAAGGGGGUCGUGUUACUGUCGGAGAUUUGCCUCCCAUUUUCAAGAAAUUGAAGAUUUUCGCUGAGCUUUUUACCGAGGAUGAGAUUAAGGCGGCAUUGUCAGAGUCCUAUGGGAACAUGGAUGAUGAAAUUGACUUUGAAUCCUUCCUCAGGGCACAUGUAAACUUGCAAACACGAGCUAUGGCAAAAGAUGGUGGUUCAAAAAGUUCUUCAUUUUUGAAGACAGCUACAACGACUGUUCAUCAUGCAAUUAAUGAAUCUGAGAAGGCUUCUUAUGUUGCACAUAUUAACAGUUACUUGGCUGAAGAUAAAUUCUUGAAGCAGUUUCUUCCGCUUGAUCCAGCUACAAAUGCAUUGUUUGAUCUUGCUAAAGAUGGAGUCCUGCUCUGCAAGCUUAUUAAUGUCGCCGUUCCUGGGACCAUAGAUGAACGAGCUAUCAACACAAAACGGGAUCUUAAUCCAUGGGAGAGGAAUGAAAACCACACCCUUGGCCUCAAUUCAGCAAAGGCUAUUGGGUGCACAGUGGUUAAUAUUGGUACACAGGAUAUGGUUGAAGGAAGACCUUAUUUGGUACUUGGUCUGAUUUCACAAGUAAUCAAGAUUCAAUUGUUAGCUGAUCUCAAUCUAAAGAAAACUCCUGAACUUUUGGGAUUAGUGGAAGAUGAUAAGGAUGUGGAGGAGCUUAUCAGUUUACCACCUGACAAGGUUUUAUUGAAAUGGAUGAAUUACCAUUUGAAGAAAGCUGGAUAUGAGAAACAAGUUACAAAUUUCUCUUCUGAUGUAAAGGAUGGAGAAGCUUAUGCUUACUUGCUUAGUGCCCUUGCUCCGGAAGUUUCAGGCCCAUCUGCCUUGGCCACAAAAGAUCCAACAGAAAGAGCAAAUAUGGUUCUUGAGCAGGCAGAGAGAUUAGAUUGCAAGAGAUACCUCACUCCAAAGGACAUAGUGGAUGGGUCGCCUAACCUUAAUCUUGCAUUUGUUGCUCAAAUAUUCCAGCAUAGGAAUGGCCUUACAGCUGACACGAAGACAAUGUCCUUUGCUGAGAUGAUGACUGAUGAUGUACAGACAUCUCGGGAAGAAAGAUGCUUCAGACUCUGGAUUAACAGUCUUGGAAUUGCUACUUAUGUCAAUAAUAUUUUUGAGGAUGUCAGAAAUGGAUGGGUUCUAUUAGAAGUUCUUGAUAAAGUUUCACCUGGAUCUGUCAAUUGGAAACAGGCGACAAAGCCUCCUAUAAAGAUGCCAUUUCGAAAAGUGGAGAAUUGCAACCAAGUUAUAAAAAUUGGGAAGGACCUAAACUUUUCCUUAGUAAAUAUUGCUGGUAAUGAUAUUGUACAAGGGAAUAAGAAGCUCUUACUAGCAUUUAUGUGGCAGCUUAUGAGAUUUACUAUGCUUCAACUUCUGAAAAACUUGAGGUCACAUUCCCAAGGUAAAGAGAUUACUGAUGCUGAUAUAUUGAACUGGGCAAACAAAAAAGUGAAGAAAAGCGGAAGAGCAUCUCAAAUGGAGAGUUUCAAGGAUAAGAAUCUUUCCAACGGCAUUUUCUUCCUUGAGCUUUUGAGCGCUGUAGAGUCAAGAGUAGUCAACUGGAGUCUAGUUACUAAAGGAGAGACUGAUGAUGACAAGAAGUUGAAUUCAACAUAUAUAAUCAGUGUCGCACGAAAACUUGGAUGCUCCAUUUUCCUGUUACCUGAGGACAUAAUAGAGGUUAAUCAGAAGAUGAUACUUACUUUAACUGCUAGCAUCAUGUACUGGAGCCUGCAGCAUUCUGAAGAAAGCUUCACCCCAGAAGCAUCGCCUGUAGCUUCAGCAGAUGGUGAACAUCAAACAGAGUUUACAACCGAGGUGUCCAAUUUAGCUAUUGAUGAUGUUUCGGAGAAUAAACCAGAGGAUGAAGGAGUCUCUUCUUAAGUUGGCAACGUGGAAUCUUUGCCGACAUUGAAAAAGGAAGUCUGUUAAAAGGUUGAAGUAAUAAACCACAGGAUGAGGGAGAACAAUUCUUUUUUGUUUAUAGAACAGAAGGAUGAAGGCAGCCUCUUGGUGCUCGGCGCAAAAGGAGCUUAUAUUUUUUUUUUUAUGAAAAACCACAGAUAAUAGAAUGAUUUUGUAAAAUUUCUUUUAGAAUUUUUCUACUUAGGUAUAUUCUUUGACAAAAAACCGUAUGCAUUUUUCUCCCAAUAAUAAGAAAAGGGAGGAAGGCAUCCGUUUUAUUUUCUAUCUGAUAGCCAAGAUAACUCUUAAUCCGUGCUUGCGGAGACUUGCCUGCACUCCAUUUUAGUGACUGGUUUUUCUAGUUAA